CUUCUUUCUCAUGGUCACACACAAGCCCUCGCUAUGAACAGUAUUGCAGCUGCCCUCCUUGUGUGGAUUCUGACUUCUCCCAGCGGCAGUGGCCAUGGCAGAGGGGAAGGCUGGCCCAUACAUAUGGCCUGCAGCAGUGGAGGCUUGGAAGUAUUCUACCAGAGUUGCGAUCCCUUACAGGACUUUGGCCUUUCCAUUGACCAGUGUUCCAAACAGAUCCAACCAUAUAUCAACAUAAGAUUUGGCAUCAUUCUGAGAGAGGACAUCAGAAAGCUGUUUCUGGACAUAGCUCUCGUCGCAAAAGGCUCUUCUAUUCUGAAUUUCUCCUACCCCCUCUGUGAGGAGGACCAGCCCAAGUUCUCAUUCUGUGGAAGAAGAAAAGGAGAGCAGAUAUACUAUGCCGGCCCUGUCAAUAACCUUGGAUUUGAAGUUCCACUGGGAAAAUACCAUGUCUUGCUGGAACUGUACAAUGAAAACCGCGCUACUGUGGCUUGUGCUAAUGCUACCAUCAUGUGCUCCUGACCAUGGCCCGCCAGAAAAUGCACAGUCAACUCAGCCUCAGGGAACCUCAAGGUCCCCAGGCUCACCUCGCUGUAUGAAGACCCCUGAUGCCAAAGAAAUGCUCUACAAAGAAAUUCCUCAUGGGUUCCUCUGCCAAUCUCAUCCCGAGGACAGACGUUCCCAGACCAAACAGACGUAAUAAAACCUCUGAAACCAUC